CGAAAAUGUUCUUGUUCCUACUACAUGGGCAGUUUUGGUUUACAAAGAUGUAGUGCUUGUUGCCUAGAUUCUGCAAACGUUCUUGACAGUUUGCUAAGUUUGCUUGCUUUGCUUGGUACGAGUACGAGUUGUCGAUUGUGGAUGUGGAGGUUAGAAUAAACGCCAAGGAAACUGGAUCUCAGAUUCCACAUUCUGAAAAAAUAUAAUUUUAGGCUAAGACCCGGUCGGCGAAAAAAAAAAUGAUUAUUAAAAAAUAUUUGUCUAUAGCUAGAAUCGAAUAAUGAACCGAUACUUGCUGAAUAUCGCCUACAUGGGCAAACCCUUUCUGGGUGCCCAAAGACAGUUAAAAGGGGGAAGUCCUAGGCCACCUGAUCCUUAUACAGUACAGGGUAGACUAGAAAUGGGUCUGAAACAACUAAAUCCAUGUAAUGAUCCUAUUGUGGCUAUGUCUAGCAGGACUGAUGCAGGAGUUAGUGCCAUAAAUGCUACAUGCCACGCAGAUUUAUAUAGGAAAAAUGGCACACUGUAUGAUCCACUCUCUGUAACUUUAUGUCUGAAUAAAUAUUUUAAAAAACGAGAUGUCCCAAUUAGAGUUCUAAGAACGUGUAUCGUACCGCCAGAUUUCCAUUGUGGGACUAGAUCAAUUUCCAGGACAUAUUUGUAUAGGUUAACAAUAGCAAAGGCAAACCAACUCAAUAUAGCACCCAACUGCCAUUACAUUCCUAUUGAAGAAUGGGAUAGAAGUCUCUUUUAUUGUACAAAUACUUUUAAUGUGGAAACUAUGAGGGAUGCUGCAAAACUUCUUGAAGGCUAUCAUGAUUUUAGAACAUUCAUGGGGACAUUUAAUGGAUGUUUGGACAAAGUUACGAGAAAGUACAUUGAGGAAAUAAAAAUUGUGCAGAAUACUGAUAGAGGCUACAGUCCUUAUAGUUGGCCUCAAUUUAUUCAACAUCCCAAGAGUGAAUUUUUGUUUCUGGACAUUUAUGUGAAAGGAAAAGGUUUUCUGUAUAGGCAGGUGCGAAGAAGCGUAGCAUCUCUUGUAGCAGUAGCACAAGGGGAGCGCGUGACUGUGGAGCGAGCCCGAGGGACACCCAGAGGUAGGGACCAAUGGUCGUCCAGCCGCAGUGACCACCGCUCCCACGAGAGGUACGGCCCCCCCACCCGGACCAACUACCGGUUGAUUGUGGAGAACCUGUCGUCCCGCAUCUCAUGGCAGGACCUGAAAGAUUACAUGCGCCAGGCUGGCGAAGUCACUUACGCCGACGCCCACAAGCAGCAUCGCAAUGAGGGCGUCGUCGAGUUCGCCUCCUUCUCUGACAUGAAAAACGCUAUUGACAAACUUGACGAUACUGAACUGAACGGUAGACGCAUUCGCUUGGUCGAGGACAAGAGUACCAAACGCAGACGCUCCGCCUCUUACAGCAGCCGCAGCAGGUCUCGCAGCCGAUCUGCGAAACGUUCUAGGUCGCGCAGCCGCUCCAGACGCAGCUCACGCUCCAAGAGCAAGUCCCGGUCUAGGUCCAGGUCGGGCAGCGUCAAAAACGAUCGCAAGUCUAGGUCCAGGUCCGCAUCCCAUAAGAAGUCCGUAGAUCGAUCCAGGUCUAACUCAAGGAAGAAGUCCGUUGAGAGGUCACGUUCUAGGUCCCAUUCCCGCUCUCCCGAUAAUAAGCGCUCCAAAUCCAGGGAGGAGUCCAAAGAAAGGUCCAGGUCGCGUUCCGCCAGCAAGGGCAGGAGCAAGUCCAGGAGUAGGUCCCGGUCAGCCAACUAACUUACCACCACAUCCAAGCAGAAGUAACUUUUAACAUUUACAAUAAAUACUAAAACAGUAACAUUAUAAAAGAAAAUCCUGUGUUAUCUCACCUAAAUUGUACAUUAGGGAAUUGAGCUGUGAAUUUCAUCAGUCAUAUGUCACUUUUUUCUGUUUAUAACUCAAACACAAGAAAUCUAUGCAUCUUCAUAUAGUUCAAUACAUGUAACUAGCAUAUGUGUGCAUUUCUAAUGCAUAUAAAAAUUCAAUUGUUAACAUUGUUUUCCAUGUAAACAGGUAGAGGACAAACAUAUUUAGUAGUGACAUUUCUCUAUAAAUGAUAUAUUAUCAUUGAUCAAUUGACAUGAGUAUACAUAUUUACUCAGUAAUUUUUAAAUUUAAUGCUCUUCAUAACAGUUGCUAAAUCAGAUAUUUUAAGUUGAUAAGAUACACUUAUCUGCUGUUUUAAUAUUUAUUUGUUUGAAACAAAAUUUUGAAAAAUUCCACCACCCUUUGAAGACAUUUUGUUGAAUAACAGCAGUUUCACUGAUAGACAACAUAUACUAUAAAAUUCUAUUUUUUUAAAAUUGACACUUGUUUUUUUAUCAAACUUUUGACAUCACUUUGCAAAGGAUCCUAUGAAUUACUAAGUUUUUCAAGACGAGAGUUCAUUUUUGGCUGGUGAAGUUUACACUCAAAAGCACUAGUAGGCUUUCAAUAUUUAAUUGUAGAACUGUAGAACCUGAGUAGGUUACAUUGAAUAAAAUUAUUUUUCUUGGUACAUUGCAAACCUGUUAAUGUAAAAACCAAAAGUUCUCCCUGUAGACAUUUUUCAAACUAUGAGUUUUUUGGAUCUCUUAAAGGCUAAGAAAAACAGACUUAGACCAACUCAGACGUACGUAACGUCAUUGGAUGGAAAAGUUUAUAAGCAAACUAAAGACAGUCUUGAAUUUGUGAAGACCCACACUGGAUAUGUUGUAGAUACCAAACCAGAUAAAAUUCCAGCAAACAUAAUUGAUUGCCUGUACUUGGGAUCUCAGGACUGUUGUGAAAAGGACAUCCUUGAUAAGUACAACAUCAAGUUUGUUUUAAGCAUCGGUAUUGAAGCUCCAACUCAAUAUGAAGGCAUAACCUAUAAAUUCGUAGAAUGCUUAGAUUUGCCAGAGAGUGAUCUGCUAAAGCCCCUAAAGGACUGUGUACCAUUCAUAAAAAUCGCAGUAAACAACAAUUGUAAUGUUUUGGUUCAUUGUAACGCAGGUGUUAGCCGUUCGUCUUCUAUUGUAUUAGGUUACUUAAUUUUAGAAAAAGGGUAUACUUUUUUGAAAGCGUAUGAUAUUGUAAAGUUAGCUAGGAGCUGUAUGAAACCAAAUGCUGGUUUUGAAAAGCAGUUGAAGUGUUUGGAUGGUGAUUGUGUGUUUUAAAAAUCAGUUUGUAUUUCCAUAGACAGGUUAAAUAGGUUUCUUUGUUUUUGUAACUUAAGUGGGUUUAUUGAACAUAUUUUCUGUAUUGGCGUAAAUAAAGUUUUAUAUUUAGAAUUGUUUUUUU